ACUGAAUAAACGCGUGCACGAAGAUUUCGAAGACAAAUAGCGUGAGAAACUUUCAAAAUUUGUUUAAACAAAAUAAAAAGAGAAGCACCCUAAUUUACACAAUUAUCGAGAUUGUGCAUCGCGAAAAAUAAAAACUUUCGCGCAGUAAUAAUCGUGUAACGUUAUCGAUCGAGAGGAGUUAAAAUGGCGGUCGGGUCAGUGGCGUCCUCUGUCAAGCAUCAAGAUCAGACUUCACGUCUAUGGCUCGCGGGUAACGGCCGGGUGCGCAUACACGAAGGACGGUACGAGGAAAGCCGUGAGAAGCGGAAGUGUCGCACGUUCGCUCGCUGGCACUCGAUCGAAGCCCCGAGACAUCCGAGGAUUCCCUCGUCGAGCGCGUCCUCCGCGAUACUCGAGUGCUUGAUAAAUUGCGGUUAGAAUUUGCGUUUUUCUCUUUUAUUUCGAACGCGCGCGUGUCGCCACCUAUCGCGGAACGUCGAUCUGACAGCAGGGACGACAGGAAGUUACGGUGAAGGCGAUUGGAGCACGCGAGCGUCUCGGUCGAACCGAGCGAUAGCGCUUAUUCCGCGAGACUCGUCGCUUCGGCGACUCUGAAGCCAUCGCGGACGAUCGUCGGGUGGACGUCGACCGCGAGAGCCUCGCCACGACGGCCGUUCGAUCGGCCUUUUACGUUGUGCCUGGCUGCAGUGCAGCCGACAUGGCGGCGCACCGAUGAGCCAAUCACAGCGCCGCUCUCUCCGCCAUUCAACGACAGUUCCGUCCGCCGCUGGCGCAGCCAGAGACCCCUUCUUCUCGCGUAGUUCGCGUCACUUGGCCGAUCUCGCUAUCGAAUUUUGGCGAGUGGUUUUUUUCACGAUUGUCUACGCGGUGCGGUGGAACGUGAAAGGAUAGGGACGAGCGAACGGGACGGUGAAUCGUCGCGACGCGAGGAUAUUGGUUCGAGUCGCGCCGCGGCGGAUUGUGUUUGGUCACGUGACCGCGCGGAACCGACCGUGGGCCGUGAGAAAUGGCGCAAAGAUCAGAGUGCAUCGGACAUCAUGGAUGGAUCCAGUUCGUUGCCGCGGCGAUGUCACUUGUGUUUGUUUACAAGCGUGCGAGCACGCGCGCCACGUGCUGAGUGAGGAGGCGAGGCGAGGCGAGGAGAGACGAGGCGGGACGCAAAGAGGUGAGGAGAGACGUGAAAAGAGUGGCGAAGGAAAAGGCAGACAGGGAAGGCAGGCGAGGCGAGACAGGCAGGUACCAACUGUCCCCCCAUUUUAUAGGCUCCCCCCGUGUUCCGAAAUUGAUAGUGCCGGUGCCGGCAUUAACGACAGGGACCGAGGGGGUGACGAGGACCACGGCGACGAACAGUAAUAAUGACGGGCAGGGGCUCGAAGAGGCGGGGGCGCCCGCCCAAGUCCGUGGUGAUGGAGCGACCGAAGAAGUUCCAGUAUCAUCUGAUGAAAAAGCCCAAGUACUUGCAAAACAGAACGGCAACGGGGACACCGAGCGGUGGCGCCGAGACGCCGAGUUCGCAGCCGAGCACGCCGACGGCGUCCCGGCCGACAUCGCCAUCGGUCGAGAGCGAGGAGAGCAGUAAGCGCAACACGAGGAAUCAGCGUAGGUCGCGUGGCUCGCGUGACAGGCAUUCUCGCAAGGGCGGCCACUCCGGAUCUGCAGGUGGUGCCUAUCAGCGUCGCGGUUACAAUCCCAACGUGGAUUAUCACGACUCUGAAUAUCACUAUGGGUCGGAUUUUGGCGAUGAGUCCAGCGAGAAGAGCGAGCCCGAGGAAGAUCCACUGCCGAGCGACGUGGAUUCCUCCGAAAGUAUAGAGGAACCCGAUCCCUCGAGCGAUAGCGACUUUUCCCUGUCCAGUUAUAGCACUACCAGUGGUACACCCAGAAAGACACUGCUCAGUCAGCAGCGACCGCCGAGUCCGGAUCCAUUGUGGCUGCAGAACAGAGAUUUGCCGUCGUUGGUAUUACCAAAGACCUCAGACGAUUUGCUAGUUCCUAAAGAACUGGUCAUGCCAUCGCUGUCCAUCUACGAAGUGCUUAGGCACUUUCGUACCUUGGUACGCUUGUCCUCCUUUAGAUUCGAAGACUUUUGCGCAGCUCUCAUUUGCGAGGAUCAGACCAACUUGCUGGCCGAGAUUCACAUCAUGCUGAUUAAGGCACUACUGCGCGAGGAGGACUCGCAGCAAACUCACUUUGGUCCAUUGGAUCAGAAGGAUUCAGUGAAUGUUAGCCUAUACUUUGUGGACUCUAUGACGUGGCCAGAGGUGCUACGUUCAUAUGUAGAAAGUGACAAGAGUUUUGAUCAGAAUAUUUUACAAAUAUUAGCCACAACUGAAUAUCCUUUUACUGCCAUCGAGGAUAGAAUCAAGGUCCUACAGUUUUUAACAGAUCAGUUUUUAAUUACUAAUCCUGUGAGGGAGGAUUUGUUACAUGAAGGGAGUAUGCAUUACGAUGAUCACUGCAGAGUAUGUCAUCGACUGGGAGAUUUGUUAUGUUGUGAGACGUGCCCGGCUGUGUUUCACUUGGAAUGCGUGGAACCGCCAUUGGUCGAUGUUCCUACUGAUGAUUGGCAGUGUAGCACAUGUAAAGCGAACAAAGUAAUGGGUGUCGUGGAUUGUAUUCCCGACGUCGAGAAAAAUGGAUCAUUGUGCAGACAAGAGCACUUAGGAUUCGAUAGAUACGGCAGAAAGUAUUGGUUCCUAGCGAGAAGAGUUUUUGUUGAGAGUGAAGAUGGUGAAGUAUGGUAUUAUAGUACACCAUUACAAUUGGAGGAGUUGAUGCUUGUGUUAGAUCCGAAUGAAAUGGAAGUAGCACUUUGCCGCGAAUUGUCAGAUUAUAAGGACGAGAUAGUUCGCCAAAUGGAACUCACAGAAACUAUUACUAAUCAAUUUAAAGGAAACAAGAAGUCGUACCUAGAAAUAGAAAACGGUCUUAUACAAAAGCUACAAAAAGAACGACAAGAGAAACAGGAAAAAGAAGAGGAGGAAAAAAAGGAAAAACAGAGACAAGAGGCGGAAGAAAUGAUACGGAGGAUGCACGAAGGUACUGAUUCUCUCGAGGAGCGUAUGGCAAUUGUGACAGAUCAGAGUGAGACUAAGGUAUCCGGUGAAGAAUCAGUCACCCAAGUACCUGAAGUGGUCGGUGAAACUGUCGAAGUCGACGCCGAUGCAUCGUCAUCUACAAAUACGGAUAAAGUUACUGCGAAAACUAGCACUUCUACAUCAUCAUCCGAGGAUGUUGAUGAAGAAGCUUUAGAAGGAGAAGAAAAGAUUGGAAAAGACGGCAAGAAACACACUAUCGUGACGAGAUCAAAAACUGGAUCGUUACAGCCACGAACUUUUAAUAUGGACGACUUGAAAAGACGCAGUAUGGCACCAUUAUCAAAAGAAGAACUCGAGAAACUGGACAAGAGUUUGAAAGACUCUGAGGGCGAUGGUACUAGACUAACGCGUCAGAAAGCACAUCAAAUCGCAUCUGGCACUCAUUUAUUCAAACUAGGCAUGGACAACAAUUUUAAAUCAUAUGUCAAUCAGUAUAGCAACAAUCCUACUGCGUUGAAUAAAAUGCAAAGGAAUGAGGAACGUGACAAGAAACGUCACUUGUCGCACAAAUUCUCACUUACCCAGGUUUCGGAAUUUAAAUGGGUGGGCAGUUUAACAGGCACUCGUGCUUUAUUAGUCAGCACGUUACGUCAAACAAUCUUGCAGCUCGAGAGCAACAUUCAAGCGCCGUUCAUGCACACAAAUUGGCCAUUGCUACGCAAACCAUGGACUGCGGCAGUAAGCGCGUGCGUGAAUCCACGCGACUUUGCACGUACUCUCAUCGUUUUGCAAGCGUGCAUCAAGUCCGUUGUGUUUGCGAGUGUAUGGCAUGAUCAACUUGGUCAUGUAAAACUGCAACGAGUGACUGCGCUCGAACGCGAGGAAAAAAAGCGACAAGAUAAGAAGGAGAAGAAAGAGAAGGAAGAUGAGGAAGAGCGUAAUCGGCUCUUUAACUUUGUGAAAUACACUCUUGGCAUGAAACAUCAAGUGUGGAAGCAAAAAGGCGAGGAGUAUCGGUUACAUGGUCAGGGCGGCUGGCUCUGGGUAUCAGCUAGUCGUCGUUAUAGAUUCUCGGAGAUGACAAAGUUGGGUCUGCAUGCCGGUCCGCAGAAGAUCAUGGUGCAAAUUAGAGAUCAAGGCGGUUUAAAAAUUCUCGCUCUCGAUCCGCCUACUUAUGAAUUUCUUAUUAAGGAGUACUGUCCAAGCAAAACGGAGAACGGCAUCACGGUAAAACAAGAAAUUAAAGAGGAAGAUACAGGAAAUGAUGCGAUUAAACAAGAGUACAACUCGGAAAGUGUAAAAAAGGAACCUACGACGAAUGGUGUUGAUUCCUCUUUAACAAAGUCCGAAUCUCAGUCAGUCAAACAAGAAACAAAGAUGAAUCUAUCAUUUUUAGCUGGCAUGAAAAUUGAAAAGGUUUUUACUCCAGUCACUGAGUUUGAAGAAGUUGACAUCAUGAAAGCGCUAACGAGUCCUGGAAGAUUGCUUUAUCCAAAAAUUGCAAAAAAGACAAGGAUUGACGAUUUCUUGGCACGUAGAACACAUUUGAAGGUUUUGGAAGAGAGGAGAUUGCAGCAAUCUGAGAAAACGAAAGAAGUAAACAAAACGCCAAAUCAGAAGGGCGGGGGUGGCGGUGAUUCUUCGGAAGUUGAUAUAGAAAAUCACGAGGAGAACGAAACGGAUGGCAAUGGUGUUGUUGGCGGUGGCGGAGAUUGUCCAUCGUCCAUCGGUAAACAGCAGCAAACAAACAAAACAGCAGCAACAACAACUAUUUCUGCAUCCACAAAGGAAAUGCUGACGGCAAUCAACAAACGUGUCCAACAGAUGCGUGCACAAUAUGCGAAUAUGGUCAAGCUUUAUAAGAACGUCGGGUGUUAUUCGCCCUAUUGCAACAUGAAUAAUACUGGUAGCAAGAACAAUACUGCGCAAGUUAUCGCCGUGCAAAUCUCCGAUACUUGUUACUCGCCUAUAUGCAUGCAAAGGAUGCGUCUGAAGCGCGAGUUGAUUACGCUAGCACGUAAAACAAACGCACUCAGCAACAAUCAGCAGUCAUCUCUUUCUUCAUCCUUGUCACAAAUCAUCAGUGUAAAAACGGAACCCUCGGACGAAACAAAGGAUGCGAUCAGACGAGAUUUGGAAUCGGCAGUGGCAUCAGCGACUCAUUACAACGAAGAAUCAGCGACGAAAGACGCCGUUUCACCCUCAUUACCUUUGAAGAAGAUUAAACUCGAAAACGACAAGGGGGAGAUAACCGUCACGACGAGCAAUAUCGUUACGACCACCACGACGAUAACGACGACUCGACAAACAGUGACAAAGAGCUCGGAUGGUGCGAUGCAGGAACACUCUACUGUGAAUCGUAAUUCCACGACCGUUUCAUCGGAAGUUACUACAACGACGGAUAAGAAUAGUACAAAAACGGUAAUGAUUGUGAAUCGUAGAGGAAGAACGGUGCAACGGAGCGCGAUUACCAAGGAACUGCAUGCUGAUGGCAGCGAACGAAUUUAUACGGCGACGUCAACGAAGGGCAAGAUAUAUCUGAAGAAGGUAGCAAUCUCUUUGGCCGAUCGUAGGAAAAAACGCACCCCUGUCAAGUAUCCGCUCUGUUCAACUUUUUGCACGAGGAACAAGCAUCGUAGUAUACUGGUGCUGCCUCAACACGAGUUAAGAAAAAUGUCCCGCGUCGGCGGUAAAACGCCCGUGCAAGGAUUUCAUCAUCAGGCCAAGGCGAAUAUGUCGGUGUGGCCGUACUCAUGCCCCAGACCUUUGUUCAAGACUUGCUGGUUAUACAGAACGGUCGGUCUAAAAUCGCUGGCCGCUGCCGCGAUUCAACUGAGGAUACUCUGGGCGUGUCUUAGGUGGGAUGACAUGGCAGCUAAGCCUUUGUCUACCGAUGGCAAGAAUCAGAUCACUACCGACACGGAGAUUAUGUCGCUAGAAAUAUUGAAGCAUCGACAUGUCGGACAGUUUCUCGACAGGACGCAAUAUCUGCGUAGGAAAGUCGUAAUACCGCUCGAGCUUCCAAAGCAAGUCAGAGAGGUUACGUCUAUAAGAAUUGGUCUGAGAAAACGAAAGCGUCCAGAAUCUCCGCAGAGUACCGAGCCACAAGUCACCGAAGAAUGGGUCGACGAGGACAAGUUGGAAUUGUGGGAGAUCAAACAAUACGGUGACAGGUUAGAGAAGGCUAAUGCCCAGAUUAUUACUAGGAGUCGCUCGGGAGCGCCACAAUCAGUGGUCGUCAGCGGUGGUAAUAGAACCGCCGGUGCCGCUGCUUCCGGUGGUACGACCGGCCUGUCCGGUGACCAAUUGGUGAGCGGCAAAGCGACGCCGGAAGAGAUCAAAGAAAAGAUGGAACAACAAUUACGUAUGCAACGGGCGGCUCAUCAACAAAAACGUGCCCUAGAGACCCUCAAGAAUCAACCGGCGAACUCGACAUCACCAGCUACUCAACUUGUCAAAGUCACAGCUAAUUCCUCUCACGAUGGUACAGUUAAAUUAGUUUCAAAAGUUGCGAUUCCAGCAAAUCCGAACAGCACAAAGUCGCAAUUGACUUCUCUUCUAACAACUCCUACUCAGAACAAAACUUUUAUCGGUACCCGACGAAUUUACAUGACAAAAUCUGAUGGAACUACUAAGGUAGUGACUGGUUCUACUAGUAUUUUACCGAAAACACCGCAAGCCCAAACAUUGAAUCAGUCAUCUCUAAUUAAAAUAACGCAAGCAGGUACCAAUUCGCCUGUACAAGUACAACAGAAAGUGCAAAUUCUUAGAGGGCCAGACGGAAAGUUACAAGUGCGUGGUUUAUUGCCUGGUCAACAAUUGAUCCAGAUGCCUGAUGGGAAAUUACAUGUACUAAAUGUGAGCCAAACGGUGAGCAGCCCGUCUGCACAAUCAAACUCUACAAUGCCUACAAGCACUCCCCAGACAAAAACUGCAGUUAGUUCUGCCAAAGUGGCAAUUUCCGAAACUUCUACGACUAAAACCAGUCCAACUACAAAAGCAACAGUGAAUUCGACGACGCAACAAUCACUGCAGCAAGUUGUGCAAGCUGUCCAACGCGUAAAAUCUGCGACUUUGACUCCUACCACACCGACGAAAAAUGCUAUUGUGGUCGCCAAUACAGGACAGACCGCGCAGGUAAUAUCUUCCGGUGGACAAGUUAUAAGUGGCAAUCAAAUAGUGGUUACGAACGCAAACUUUGCCCAACAAUUGGUGGCAACAGGUAAAGCCCAAUUGACAACACUCGGGGGCCAUCAAGUGGUAAUACGUAGUACACCUACUGGACAAUCAAUUGUACAUCUGAAUUCGACAAAUAGCGGUAUAAUCGUUAAAAGUACCGUACCUGCUAAUAAGCAACAGCAAGUCACGCAGUCUUCGACAGUUACGGCGCAAUCCGCCGCCAGUACAAAUGCGAACCCGAUAACCACCACCACUGCUACUUCUACUGCAUCGGUGACGACCACUCAGAGUUCUGCCACAGUUCCAGCUCCAGGAAGCAUUGAGGCUUCCUUGCUGGCAGGACAACCGCCCGGUACAGUGAUUAAAUGUGUGACGGCGCAGGUGAUUCAAACAACCGAAGGCCCGCGUAUCGUAUUACAGGGUUUACAAAGUGCAGAUUUUACACCGCAGCAAUUAAACAUGGUGCAACAGCAAGUAAAACAGCAACUUCUCAAAGCGCAAGCAGCAACUGGCAAGCAAGGUGUCUUAGGACCUACAAAGAUUUACUUGGCUGUUCAACCAGUUCAGCCUUCCAAUAACCAGCAGCAGCAGCAACAGCAGACUUCGCAGGUUUCGUCGACGGCAAGUACCCCUAUGGCGUCGACUCCGAAACAGCAACCUAUAGUUUCCCCACCACCUGCUACUGAACCACAAGGAGCUACCGAAACCAUUCCAGAAUUUCCACAAGCGGUAACACCAAAAUCGGAUAAACCGAAAGUGGUUGUUCAACAAGUAGGACGUGUGACGAACGCAACAGAGGAUGAUGCACAAAAAGCGAAUAUAGCAAAUGGGCAGCAACCUUCACAAUCCUUAAAAGAAGGAAGUGAUUCAUCAAAUAAAUUCAUAUUGACACCAGACUACAUUCAACAAACGAUUAAAAAUGCCUUGAAACAAGAGAACCUCAAUCCGGAGAUAGAAGAAAAAUUAUUGCAAUUGCAACGUUACCAGGAGAAGCAAAUGAAAGGUGGCGUGGAGAACUCCGUGACAAAUAAUCAGACUCAUCACAAUUCGUCCGCAGUAACAACGCCGCGUCCGCCAUCGCGUAAACGGCCGGCACCCUCGUCGAACAUUCCAGUGUCAGCGACAACGACGACGCCGACAAUCAUGCAAUCAUCGUCUAGCGGCGGCGAUGACAAAGAUGACAAAGAUUGGGUAGAAACACCCAGAAAGAGACCGGCACUGAAACAGGAAACUCGCGAUGCGACCCCAAAAGUGACGAAGCUAUCAGAAGCAUUAGAUAAUGAGUCGUCUCCUAAAAACCGAUCUGCAAAAUUAAAAGAUACACAAGAGCAGAGAAGAAAACAACAGAUGCAUUCGAGAAUGCAAGUUUUAUUGUUUCGACAUAAAGAACUUCUUAAAAAAGAUAUUCUUAAGAAGAGAGCUUUACUCGAGAAAGAGCUUCAAAUUGAUAUACAGAAGGAUCUAUCGACGGAACUCGCUACCAGGACGAAAGCAGAGAGGCAUAAACAGGACGAGGUAAAGGUAGGCAGCGCGAAACGAAAAGCCAAUGCUCAAGUAGCACAACAAGUUAGCCCGUCCAAUCGAAACAGUGGUAGUAGCAGGCCGAAAAAACACAAGACCCAAGGUAACAGCGCGACUCCACCUAGUGGUUCCACAUCCGCUACGCGUAUCAAGAAAGAGAAGCUGUAUUGCUUGUGUAGAACUCCCUAUGAUGAAACCAAAUUUUACGUGGGAUGCGACUUGUGUAACAAUUGGUUCCAUGGUGACUGUGUUGGUAUAACAGAGGAGAUGAGUAAAUCUCUGUCGGAAUUCGUUUGUACAGAAUGCAGACAUGCGAGAGAUACGCAGGAGUUAUACUGCUUAUGUAAACAGCCUUAUGAUGAAUCUCAGUUUUAUAUAUGCUGCGAUAAAUGUCAGGAUUGGUUUCACGGUCGGUGUGUUGGUAUUCUUCAAUCAGAGGCUGACAAUAUUGACGAGUAUGUCUGUCCGAAUUGCCAACGGAAUUCUUCUGUCAACUUUGCCAAUAUGAAGAACCUCAAUGCGAAGGAUCUCGAUCUGUUGAAAAAAUUAAUUAAACAAAUACAGGCUCAUAAAAGCGCAUGGCCUUUUAUGGAACCAGUAGAUCCUAAUGAAGCACCAGAUUAUUAUAAAGUUAUAAAGGAACCAAUGGACUUGCAGACUAUCGAAUUAAGAAUAAAUGACCGAUCCUAUAAAAAACUGAGCGAGUUUAUUGGCGACAUGACAAAGAUAUUCGACAAUUGUCGCUAUUAUAAUCCUAAGGAGUCGCCAUUCUUCAAAUGUGCAGAGUCUUUGGAGACGUAUUUUGUUCACAAAAUCAAGAGUCUGAGGGAAAAAUUCUCCGAAGGGAAGUAAAUCAAUCAAAAAGUAAAUAAAUAAUGUAGCCGUAUGUGAAAUCGGAUCAAAGUGAAGUGCACAAGAAUUAAUUUAUUGUGCAGUGCGUUUCACGCAAAACAGAACGGAACACAAUUUGUGCCAGUACAGUACACUACACCUAGAAAAACUGAAACUAUUUCAGAGUAAGCUUAAGUAUGUAAAAGUAGAGAACGCACCGGUCUCCGCUAUAUUUAUUAUAGUUGUGUGAACAUUCUCCUCUCCUUCUCUCUUUUUGCAAUUUACGAAUUCUGAGUUCCAAUUAUAUUGUACGAAAUGUGAAUUUUAAACCAGAACUUACAGCUCGUGCCGUAAGAUCUUAUUUGCAAGAUUUCUUUUGCUACUGACUAGUAGUGAACAAAAGAAAGAAAGCCAUAUAUAUAGGAUACGAUUAACGUUUAUUUUAUUUUAUUUUUACAAUUUUUCGUAUUGAAAUAUAGUUAUGUAAAAUAAUUUUCUUGUUUUCAUUACCAAAAGCCCCCGUAAUUCUUCAUUAUUUUUUCUGACACAUGGAAAUAGAAGGUUUGACAGAUUGUAAGAUCCGCUUCGCAGUUAGUUUUAAUUUUUUAUAGCUGUGAGACGAUGAACAUAGCAUUUUUAAUCACUUUUUAAAUCCUCCCUACAGUUUCUGCAACACUUUAAAUAUUCCCAUCAUAUUUCUCUUUGAACAGAUAAAAAUAUAUUGAAUUUUCGCAUAUUUUGUAUCGCAUAUGCCUUAUGAAUGAAGAAGAUUAUUCAUAAAUCAUGUGGAUAUACUGUACAUGCUAAAUAUAUAAAAUAACAUAGGAAAUCGAUUUUACAAAACGUAAUAACUUAUUUUAUUUCCGUAUUAUAACUU